CAACUGUCCAGUGUCCGGGAUUAUGUGAUGGUCAACCUGGACAUCGUGAAACGACAGCGAUGGCUGGUAGAUUUACUACGACCGGUGUGUGGCUAGUAUUUCUGUGUAUAUUACAUUCCCAGGAUGCAUCCGCGUGCCCAACAUUUCCUGUGAAACAAGAAAAUAAACGGCUAACAUUUUCAUUGCUUCCAGACAAAUGUGAAUUGGUGGUCAGUGUUAGGGUGGUCAUGCGGACGAUAAGACAGGUCAAGAGUAUGAGUUUUGUAAAGGGACGUGCACUUCGGCCUCUUGUACGAAAUCUUCACCUUACGGAGGUAAAAAUGGUCCCUACAGAGACAGCCAAUCACGUCAAUAGUAGCAACAAUGUGACAACGACAGAGGCUCCCGCCGCGUGUCCGAACUUCCGGAUCAGAAAUAUUGGACUUCUAACUGUGAUUGAUACAAUCAAAAACGUUUGUCAGUUGGCUGUCGGAGUAGACAGGAUCAAGGUUGAUACGACAAGUCCGAGGAGGCGUGACCGGUUUGAUUUUGUUCCUGUAUUUCGAUAUCUAGAGGAGGACCUUUUUUAGGAGGAGGAUAAUGUUGGAUCAACGACAAGAAGCAGAAUCUCUUGAGAAAGUCAAUCCUACACUUUUGUAUCUAAAAUGCACGAAGGGAGAUAACCGUAUCCCUCUUGAUGAACAAAGCAAAAGAGGUCUGUCCAAGGGACAUAAAUCUCAUGAUCUUCAAGGUUUAAUCUCUCGUGAUGAUUACAACGUUUGGAAAACAAUCACAUCACGUGCAAGCACAAAAUUGGACAUUCACAGUUCAAUUAUUUAACUUAACGACACCUUUUUGAAGCUUUAUGUACAGUUCAUCAUGGUAGGAGAUAGUGGCGAUACAUUUCGUUAAAUGUUCUGUUAAUAUCAUGACGUCACGAUGGUCGAAAUUGAAAACUAGAUUUUAUUUUCUCGAUUUGAUCAAUGCAGUCACAUUAAACGGUAUAUGUAUAUGUAUAUAUCUAUAUUUCAUUGUAAGCAAGCGAUCUUUCAGCCAUUUUAAUCAAUUUGCUGUCACCAUCUCAUCUUUAUAUGAAUAUGGCGUCAUGAUUGUUACAUGAGUUUGGAUUCUUACAGCUCGACACUUUUCUUUCGAUAUUUCUGAACAUUUUUUGGACUGGUAAUGUCAAUAGAAUAGAAGUUCUUAUAACACAACCAGUAGAAGAUUAGAGUGUGACGUUUCGAUGACUACACAGUCACCUUCAUCUUAUAACAUAACCAGUAGAAGAUUAGAGUGUGAUGUUUCCAUGACUACAAGGUCACAUUGUAGUUCUUUUAACACAACCAGUAGAAGAUUAGAGUGUGAUGUUUCUAUGACUACACAGUCACCUUCAUCUUAUAACACAACCAGUAGAA